UCAUGAUAUCUACAUAUAAUAUAUAAAAACAACUAAGACGCAGUGAAGUGUAAACAAUGACGUAAAUAUAAAAAUAAUUGCGUGAAACUGAAUAAAUAGUUUUUAGGUGAACAGAAGCACCACCGUCUGUUGGUAGGCCAGAGACCAGGCAGCCAAUCAGAAGCGUCCGUCUGUGUUAGCGAGAAAGUUGGGUGAAGUACGCCUCAACUCCUCACAGCUUCACAGCUUCCUGAGUACAUACUGUUGCUGCGUUUUCAAACAUGAAAGAAGACAAGGAAAAUACGCGGCCCAAAGAGAGGAAAGUGGAGAUUAAAUGUGAAGAAAAUGAAAAAACCGAGAAGCCAAAUAAAGAGAAGAAGGAGGCCAUGACAAAGAUUGUGAUCCGACGCCUCCCUCCGAGUCUGACUAAAGAGGAGCUGGAGGAGCAGUUACAGCCUCUGCCAGACGUGGAUUAUCUCGAGUUCUUCUCCAGUGACACGAGCCUCUACCCUCAUCUCUUUGCAAGAGCAUAUCUAAAUUUCAAGAACCAGGAGGACAUUGUUCUUUUCAGAGACCGCUUUGAUGGUUAUGUGUUCAUUGAUAAUCGAGGACAAGAAUACCCUGCAAUUGUUGAGUUUGCACCAUUCCAGAAGAUUGCUAAAAAGAGGAGCAAGAAAAAGGAUUCCAAAAGUGGAACAAUUGAAGAAGAUAGUGAUUAUAAGAAGUUUUUGGAGAUCUACAAUGGUGACGAAGAAAAGUUUACUUCAACCACUGAGACAUUAUUAGAAGAAAUAGAGGCCAAGACAAAGGAACUAGUUGCCAAGAAGACAACUCCUCUCUUGGACUUCCUUAAGAAUAAGCAGAGAUUAAGAGAGGAAAAGAAAGAGGAGAGGAGGAGGAGAGAACUGGAGCGCAAACGGUUGCGUGAUGAAGAGCGGCGGAAGUGGAGAGAGGAGGACCGAAGGAAACGCAAAGAAGCUGAGAAAUUAAAGAAAGCAGAAAAUGCACCUGGAAAGGACAAGGACCAACCUAAAGAGGAGCAGCCAAAAAUCAAGCUUCUGAAGAAACUAGAAAAGCAAGAGAAUAGUGACAAUGAAAAGCCAAAAGAGAAACCCAAGAAGCCAGAGCGAGAGAAACUGAAGGAUGACCGAGGUCCAGGGGGAGCAGAUGGAAAAAAACGUCAAAAUGGUGAACACCGAGAGGACAAGCCAAGAAAAUAUGAGGAAGAUGGACGCAGGGAGCAUCGGGAUCGUGAAGUGGACAGAGAGAGAGACCGUGAACGGGAUCGGGAGCGACGGCAGAAAGAGAAGGAGCGAAUCAAGAGGCAGGACGAGGAGCGGCGAAAGAGGAGGGAGCGUCACGAUGGAGAAAACGCCUACAAAAAGAGAGAGGAAGAGAGCAAAAAGGAAAAGGAGUAUGUAUGGGAAAAGAGAAAGAAUGAGAAUUCUGGCGAAUCAACAGGCCACAGUCAAGCGGACAAAUCUGAGAAGUCUUCUAAAGAUGCUAAAAAGGAAGAAAAUGUGAAAAAGGAUCGUUUAAGGAACAAGGAUCGCCCUGCCAUUCAGCUGUACCAGCCAGGAGCAAGGAGCCGCAACAGAGGAGCUACAGGAGAUGGCCAGGCUGGGGAUAAGAAGGCUGAGAGGGAUGCCAAAAAUACACAAGAGAAAGGGGAAGAGUGAAGAAAGACCACCACAUGGUGAUGAGAGAGAAUUCUGGCCAAAUCAAGGCAAUUUAGCAGUGCUGCUAAAGCAAGAGGUUCCUGUCCCUCACAAGCUCUCUGUAAGAGACACAGGAGUAGACGUUGCCACCUUACAGUGCCUAAAUAAAGCCCCCUUUACUUUCUGUUUGCUUUUAAUAGAGCUGAGCAGUGGGGCGGAGUGAAAGAAGCCAAAGGUUUUGGGCCAUGAGCACUCCAAGUGACCUUACUCUUGGUACACAAUCAGACACACUGUACUUCAGAUAUUCUGCUUUUUUGGUAUUAAAGAUUACCAAUUCAA